GGUCGGGCACGGGUCAUGGCCCGCGGAGUUUAAGUUUAGUCGCGGGACCCGGAAAUGGUGAGCCCAUUGUGGAGGCAAGGGACAGGUUCGGUGGCGCACGGGCGGAGGGCCGCGCUUCCAGCUGAGUUACCCCGGCCGAGAGAGGGGCUACAAGGCCAAGCCCUGGGCCAGUGGAGGCGUCGUCACCGCCCGUGGCAGGCAAGCCGAGGCGCACGGGCGGACACGUGUGGACGUCUGAGCGCUCCUGGACCAGGACGAGUGCACGCCGGGCCUAGUCCUCUGCGGAUUCCGCGGCAAGGUUCCUUAACGACUGCUUGAAGUUCCCGUGAUUGCCGAGAGGCUGGGCUUCGGAGGAAGGUAUCAAGAAACAAUGUUUCCUUAAAUUUGCUUCUGUAUUUGCCUCAUCAAUGUCAUUCAUAUUGAGUAUCUUAAGAGAGAUGCUGGAAUAUUUUGGUGUUCCUGUAAACCAGGUUUUGCAGAUUUGGGAAAAUAAAGACUAUGGAUCAGCUCGGAGUAUUGUUCGUAUUAUUGGGAAAAUUCUUCCUUUAGAACCUUGUCCCAGGCCUAAUUUUGAGCUGAUCCCACUCUUGAACUCUGUGGACCCAGCUAACUGUGGAUCUGUAGUUCCAUCUUUUGCUGACGUUUUGUAUGUGACGAAUGAUGAAGAAGCCAGUUAUCUCAGAUUUCGAAAUAGUAUAUGGAAAAAUGAAGAAGGGGAGAAAACUGCUUCUUUCCAUCCUUUGCAACUAGUUGAAGAUCCAUUGACACCUGCUCUAAGGCAUAACAAACCAACAAAAAGUGAUUGGCCUGAAAGUGAAGCUGCAAUUAAAAAAAUAGCUGCCCUUGAAGAUGAGCUAGCUUUUCUUCGCUCUCAGAUUGCUGCAAUUGUGGGAAGGCAAGAACUGAGAAACAGUACAAAUUCUGGCUCCUUGGACUUGAAGAACGACAGGCCUAGUGGUUUGGGACACAUGCCAUCAUCAGGGACUACUCAACUGAGUGUCGAACCAGAUUCGUUUUCAAGUUCAGUGUUUCCCUCUCCUCCUCCUCCACCACCGCCUCCUCAGGUUUCUUCUCUACGGCCUCCAUGUUCUCCUCUCGUGCAAACAGCCUCUAAUAAUAUUUGUGCAUCAGAUAAUUCAGCAACUGAAGUGAAAAAACAGCACCCAGAUACUAGGAAAACCAAUUUUAGUCAUCAUUCAAAAAACCAUAAAGAUGUUCCAAACAUGUUGGAUGUUCUGAAGGAUGUGAAUAAGGUUAAGCUACGUGCUAUUGAAAGGUCCCCUGGGGGCAGACCCAUUCAUAAAAGGAAAAGACAAGACUCACCUUGGGAUCCAGUGUCUUUAAUAUCCCAUGCACUUAAGCAGAAAUUUGCAUUCCAAGAAGAAGAUUCCUUUGAGAAAGAAAAUAAUUCCUGGGAGUGUUCUCCAUUUUCUAGUCCAGAAACUUCAAGGAUGAUUGAAUUCACCCAAGGCCUGCCUGACCAAUACUUCAUAUACUUCAGUAGGUGUGGCAUGUGCAGGAAGGAGCCACAGUUCACAGUGCGUGGGGCCGAAACCAGACCAGAAGAGUGCAAAGAGAGUCACAGGCAAAAGUGAGCCCCGAAGGCCUCAUUUUGUUCACAGUGGCUCCUCCUGAGCCAAGAGAAGGUGGGAAGGUGACUGUGGGCCGUGGGCUGGGAAGGGAGUGGGCCCCAGUGGAAGGUACUGAGUUGAGGGAGAAGCUGGUAAAUCAGGGACGUGAAGGGGUCGCUUGAGUGCUUUUCUUAGUUUAGUUUUUUCUUCAAUUGUCACAGAUAUGUUAUUGGCUUGGAAUUGGAUUUGCCAUCUCAUGAGACAGGCACACACAGAACAAAGACACUAAAGUCUUAACCAAGGGAGACGCAUAAACCAUAUUCUAAACCAUUAUCAUUUCCUAAAAACUUCAAUUCCCCCAAUCCAAUAAAAGCUACACUCUUAAACUUCUUCCUCUUCUUCUUCUUUUCCUUUUUUUUAAAAACAAGAAUCUAACAACAGAUGCCUACACAGCCUAUGAAUCCAAGCCCAACAACCCUGGAUAACAUCAGAGAUGAAGACCUAACUGAGGCUAUUUCACCAAGUUAGCCACUGUCCAUACGGCUUGUCCCAUGUUAGUUCGGGCACUUAGAAAUAUACACACACCUUAAUGCUUCCCAACUCUGAGCCGUCCACAGUAAGCCUCUGGUUAGCCAAGAUAGACAAGUUCGGGUAAAAAAGGAGAAUAUUAUUCAAAAGGCCAAGAUCCACAUUUGGACACGGGGAUACUGCAGUCAGGCAAAAGAGUGAUUCCAAGGUCAGGCUGCUAAUAAUAAAGGAUCUAUUAUGAAAUGAUAAUUAUAUUUUCCAUUACUUUUUCUAUAUGAUUCAGAUCCUGUAAUAUUUCAAAGAAAUAGUGAUAACUGAGCCUUUUGUGACCUCAAGUUAGUCUUACUCUGAGAGGAAAGAUGCUCCACGUUUAAGAUUCACUCGAAAAGGGAGAUGGCGAAAUACUGGGAGUCACUGAGUACAGCCAACUCUGUAACAGAGUGGCUUGGGAAUUCAGGGCAAAUCGUACACACAUUUCUGCUAUAAAGAAGAAAAAGGAAAGUAAAAACUAUACAUAUAUAUUAUUUUUUACUGUUAGAAGUGAAAAAUCACUAUUAGGAUGAAUUUCUUUCCCCAUCAACCAUGUGCAAAAGUAAAGCAAACAAACCCCAGUUUGUGAUUAGGCCUGAGAUGUGAGUAAAAUGUAAAUUCAACUGGAAAGUGGUCCAUUCAGCACAUGACAUGGACUAGAAUUCUGGGUGAAUGAACCUCCCCUGCAGGAAAUCUGGGAGCGCACGUGCAACCUCACCAGGCCUUCAGGGGCUGGACUCUCAGACUUGUUUCUCUGGCCUGACCUUGUUCUAGCCCUAGAACUUGGACUGUGAUGGUUUCCCCCUAACCUUCUGACCCUGACCUCCUAUGCUCCCAGUUCUGGAAUCCAUUUCUCAUUGCUGUGUUUCUGAACUUACUUUCCGUUUAGAGCUUCUUGCUCUCUUUGAUUCAGCUAACAAACCAGAAGCUGACUUCAAAUCUUAUUAAAUUUGUCAAAUUAUUGGCUAAGCCUAAAAUAUUUCUUUUAGGAGAUAAGAAAAAAGCUAGAAUGUGAAUUGAAAGAAGGGCAGGGUCUAGGAAUGGAAUUAGGUCCAAUGCCUACCCUUGCCCCUGUGGGUUAGAAGUUCCUAAAUCCUGGUAUAGACUGUUGAAGUGUUGACCUCAAAAGGCAAACAAAGAUUUAUGAACUCUGUGAUUUUUUUUUUUUAAUGUUACCUGGUGGUUUGUGAAAGUUUCCAGAAAUAUCUCUCAGGAUAUACACUAUCUAUUCUCUCCCCAAACUAGACUGACCCCCAGGCAACUUAGUUGCCAAAAUCCUUUGAUUUUUCUAGUUCCGAAGAGUCGUUACUUGCCUCUUCACCUAGGAGUCUGCGGCACAGAAAAGGUCAUUCUGUUUCCUCUUCCUUAGCAUAUAGGAAAAUUAUAUUUCCCAACCUCCCUUGUAGUAGAUUUGGGACCCAUAUUUCUGAGUUCCUUCUAUUUCUUUCUUUCUUUUUCUCUCCUUCCUUCCUUUCUCCCUCCCUUCCUUACU